ACUUGAUUAGAAUGCCUCGUAGACUCUUCAUUGGUGGAAACUGGAAAUGCAACGGAACUGUGUCGUCCCUGACUGAGCUUAUCAACGCCUUCAAUGCUGCUGGCGAUCUCAAGACGGACCGUGAUAUUGUGAUUGCCCCUACUGCCCUGCACAUCUCCCUCGCCAAGAACCUCCUGAGAAAGGAGAUUGAGGUUUCUGCUCAGAACAUCUGGAAGGUGAACGGUUAUGGUGCCUUCACCGGUGAGCUUUCUGCUCCCAUGCUCAAGGACUUCGGUGUGAACUGGACUCUCCUGGGUCACAGCGAGCGCCGCCACACCGUGGCUGCUGAGUCGGACGAGCUGAUUGCUGAGAAGACCAAGAUCGCCCUUGCUAACGGCGUGAAGGUGAUUCUCUGCAUCGGUGAGCUGCUCGAGGACAGAGAGAGCGGCAAGACCAUGGAUGUGUGCAAGGCUCAGCUGCAGGCGGUCGUGGAUGUUCUGGAGGAGAAGGACUGGGAGAACAUCGUGAUUGCCUACGAGCCUGUGUGGGCUAUUGGCACUGGAAAGACUGCCACCCCCGAUGUGGCUGAGGAGACCCACGCUCAGAUUCGUGCUUACAUGGCUUCGGCUGUGAGCCCUGCUGUGGCUGAGAACGUGCGCAUUAUCUACGGAGGAUCCGUUUCUACCAAGAACUGCGCUGAUCUCAUCAAGAAGGAGGAUAUCGAUGGAUUCCUGGUGGGUGGAGCUUCUCUGAAGCCCGAUUUCGUGCAGAUCAUUAACUGCUAAGCAUU